ACACGCUCUCACGGACCACGCCUCCCUCUCUGCUCUGCCCGUGCUGCUGCUGCUGCUGGUCCAUCCACAUCAAGACAUUGCAACUUAAUUGUGCUGUGAUUUAAAAACACGCCGCUUUUCUACUACUUUGAGACACUUUUAACUGAAGCCACCUGAAGUCUAUACCCGCGCACGGCAGCACCGCUCUCCUGAAAUAGCACCUCUCUCCCGGGUGAGAACACGGUGUCCUUUAGUGGGACAAAAUGACUGCCAAGCAUCGGAAAGGGAAAGGCAACCAGAAACAUGAGGAUAACUUUUUCAAAAACGAAGUUAUUGAGUCGGAAGUUCGCGCUGGAGGGAAUAACUACACUCCUCUGCUGGUUUUACUCCUGGUGAUUGUGUUCGGCGGUGCCAUUGGCGCAUGGCUCUGUUUCCAGCAGCACCAAACCUUAACCUACUUAACAGACAGUGUCGCGGGCAUGCAGAUGAAGAUAGUGAAGCUGCAGUCAUCCCACGAAGACAUGCGACAGUCCAGUGGAAAGCAGCACCUGUCAGAGAAUCUGGAGAACCGCCUGAAUGCACUGGAGGAGUCAUACGCACUGGCCCAGAAACAAGUGGGCAUCGCCUUGGCCACGGCUGAGCAGCUCAAGACGUCUGACCUCCCCGCUCAAGUGCUGUCGCUUCACACCGAGAUGAAAACCCGCCUGGCGGAGAUGCAGCAAGCCACCGUGUCCCUGGAGCAGCUGGGCGAGCUGCAGGACACGCUGAAGGGAAAGAGCGACGACUUCAAGGAAGUCGAGGUUCAGAUGGGAGAGCUGGCCACUCUGAGUGCGGAGCUAUCUCAGGAGGUGGAGGUGCUGUCGCGGAGUCUGGAAAAAGCCGAAUCGAGGCUGGAGGAGAGGGAGAGGCAGGUCGCGACGCUGAGCGUCAGCCUUGUUGAGCAGGCCGCGGAGAUGCUCAGACUGAAGGAGCAACUGGACACGCAACAGGCUCAGCUGAAGGCCGGCACUGUGGCGACUGUCAGUGAGUUGCUUGAGAAAGAACUGGAGUCCCAGCGGCUGCAGCAGGCCAGUGUGAAGAGGCAGCUCAGCUCGGUGUACGAGAGUCUGCAGGACCAGAGCUCGGCGGCCGAGAAUCUGCACUCUGAUCUCAGGAGUCAGCUGGAGAAUGUCCAGAACCAAAUAACCCAGCUGGCGCGUGAAGUGCAAACUCCUGCUGAGACUGUGGAACAGACUGUUGAGGAAACAGCUCCCACAGCUCACGAGGAGGCAGCUGCAGCAAGUGGAGGAGAAGAAGAAGAAGAAGAAGAAGAAGAAAGAAAAGAAGAAACAGUGGAUGUAGAAAAGGGGGCAGAGACGGACGACGAGGCGGCAGAAGAAGAUGACGAGCCAGUUGAGCUGGAGGAAUCUGCUGCUCCUGCACAGGAGAUGGAGGUGGCAAAGGAGGAAGAGGAGGAGGAGGAGGAGUUGCCAUUAGACAUGAAGUUAGACGCCGAGGAGGAAUCUGAAGGAGAGAAAGUUCAGGAGGAGUCACCUGACGACCAGAAACCGGAGGAGGAGGAGGAGGAAGAAGUGGCAGCAGAAACGGAUGAGGAGGAAAACCCUCAAGUAGAAGAGGAGGAGGAGAUGGCGUCUGAAGUAGAGGAAGUACCAGAGGAGAAGGAAGCAGCAGCAGAAAGAGAGGAAACAAAUGAGGAGGAAAACCCUGAAGUAGAGGACGAGGAGCAGGAGGAGGAGAUGGCAUCUGAAGUAGAGGAAGUACUGGAGGAGGAGAAGCUUGUUGAGGAGGAGGAGGAAGCAGAAGAGCAGGCUGUGGUAGCUGAUGAGGCAGAGGAGCCGUUAGAAAACGAUGCUUCACCAGACAAUCAAUAGGUUUUCUCUUCCCCAGGACAAAAAUCCAACCCAGGGGGACGGGAACUUUCUCUUUCUAAAGACUUUGCUGACAAUAACACAAAUACUCUAUAGACGGGUGUUGCAGGUUGUUGCUGUGUAGGUACAGUAUUCACUGUGUGGCUGCUUUUUGAAAGGCAGACGUGAUCAGAAAAUUGCAUUUUCACUACACUGAUAUAAAAGUGUGUCUCAUGGAUUUUAGGUUUGAAAAUGAGUCAUUACGGAUUCACCUGCCAGUAACGAUGUCAAAAGCCUUAAUUCAUAAAUGAAUGACUGUCUUCCUACAAAGCAUUUUUUACACUCUUCACAACUUCAGCACUUUUCUCUUUUCUUUUUUUGCAAUACAAUAGUUCUGUGAUAAACUGGAAAACCACAAGCCAUAAGAAAAUGCCCGUCUCGGUGACAUGAACAGUGUUUUGUGGCAGCUUGAAAUCUUUUUUUAAAAUAGAAAGAGGGAAUUAACAUUAUUGUGUCCUUCACAAUAACGUUAACAGUCAAAACUCAAAGUUUUUGAAUGUAUACACAAACUGUAGCUCAUAGAGUUUUGUACUAAACUAUCUGUGGUUCAUUUCUCAAUAUUGAAGGUUUUCUUGAGAUCGAUUUAUUAAAGUGAUUGCACUUCCGGCCAGACAGAUUUUAAAAAUCAUUGAAGUAACUUUUUAAAUCCGUUAGUUCAGAUCAUUUAAUGUGAUUGUUGGUCUUUAACCCUUUAACACCGAGCGCAUCUUGCAUUACCUCCACGACGGUUUGUGCUAUUGAAUUCAAAAUUCAGACGGUUUCUGAAAGCUGAGAAGUUGCAAGUCAAAGCCAACGUGUGGUUAUUACGGUCAUUUCACUCGCGCUGUUGCAGGAAGCCGGCAAAUCGGUGUUUUUGUCACCAGAGAGGAGAGAGUUGGAAAAAACCCUGUACAUAGUUUCCAUUUUUUGGUGUGUUUUUGGACAUUGAAACAAAAACUCAAGGAGUUUUAUUUUAAAUAUGUUUAUACUGUUCAAAUUUAACACGCUAAAUCUGGUGUUCAUGUACAACUACAGAGUUUUUUCUAAAUAAAACGUUUAAACUGUUAAUAAACUAUUUUAGCAUACAGUAAAUUGUAAACAACUGCCAGAUGUUGAAAGUUAUUCUGGAAAAGUUACUCACAUUUGCUGGCCUUUUUAUGGUUAAAAUAAGCCAAAAAAGAUGAGGCUUAGGUGUUAAUGGGUUAAGGAAGAACUGCAGAUAUUCUAUGCAUUAACAUACAUACAUAUGUAUAUAUAUCUAUAUAUAUAUCUAUAUAUAUAUACAUAUAUAUAUAUAUAUACAUAUACACAUAUAUACAUAUGUAUAUAUAUAUACAUAUACACACAUAUAUAUAUAUAUAUAUAUAUAUAUAUAUAUAGAUAUAUAGAUAUAUAGAUAUAUAUAUGGAUAGAUAGCUUGGAGACCUCAAUGAAACACCUCAGGGACAAACAAAAAAGCUAUUUUCAUCUGAAACACGUGGAACAUCAGUCUCGUCUAUUAGCCAACACAAGUUGCAGCUCGUGAAGUUGACAUCUUUAAUAGAGCAACAGUCACAUAAACGGAUCAUUUACUUUUAAAAAACCAGACAUUUUGAAUACAGAUUAAGCAAAAGUUAUCAGGAGGAGGAGGAGACAUCUUCGUGCUGCAGCGUCAAGCUCAAUGGCGUCAGAGCUUUGAAACAAAACCAGGACUCUGUGAAGUCUGAGCUUAGAGAAGAGGAGAAGAUCUCCUUGGAUGUCUGGAAGACAACUGAAAUAAUGUGAAUCCUAAAAUAAAUACUGCCGGAGUUCAAGCUGUGACAGGAGAGAAAGUAGAAAUAUCAAAUAUUAUUAUUAAUAUUCAGUUCACUGUACGCAACUAACCAGUUACCUCUUUGGAAACAUGAAAAAUGUAAUUUGGACAUCACUGUUUAGAAGUUUGAUAUUCACUGUUACAAAAAUGCACUGUUUUGUCGAGGCGUUUGUUACCGUCAUUACGCUUCCCUCUUUAUUGUUAUUUCUUUUUCUUUUCUAAAUAAACCCUGUGUCUUUCACUCGUGUUUAACCGUU